CAGCCCACAUACCGCGGCCUGUUCCAGAAGGCCAUCAGCACCUACCCCUCUGCCAAGGCCAUCAUGUACGCCAACAUGGACAUCCUCUUCACUUCCUCGCUGGCGAGGACCGUUGACAAGGUGCGGCGUGUUUACGAGGCGAAGAAGAAAACCCAGACAUCCCUUAAGGGGUGGUUUGUUGUGGGACGGCGCACAAAUAUAAGUGUCCCUGCGAACUGGACCAUGGAUGGUGAGCGGUGGGAGACCAGGAUGGAAACAGAGUUAGUGAGAUCUGGUCGCUUGUUUUUUUCUUAUGGUUAA